AAAACCUUUAUUUUCUAUCUCCUCUGUUUUUGUGUUUCUCUAUUCCACGCCAGCUCUACUUCUCCUCUCACUCAGCUCUCAAGCUUCGAAUUCAAAUAACAAAUUUCCCUUUUCUGAUUACCUGAUUCCAAAUUCACAAAUCCCUAUGAUUAUGCAAUUCAAUUUUAAUUAGUUAGCCAAGAUAAACAAAAGACAAUCAUGAGUGGCAACGAAUUUCGAUUUUUUUUAUCUUGUGAUAUUAAUUUACCCGUAACCUUUCGCGUUGAGAGAUUAGAAGGAUCUUUGCCUUCUGCUAAAUCUGCUGAUUCAGGUACUUAUUCAACAGCAGAGGAGAGAAAAGCAGAGCUGUACGUUGAGUGUGCAUUGUAUAUUGAUGGUGCUCCUUUUGGUCUUCCCAUGAGAACAAGGUUGGAGUCUACUGGACCAUCUUAUUGUUGGAACGAACUGAUUACUUUGAGUACUAAGUAUCGAGACUUAACUGCCCACUCGCAGCUUGCUGUUACUGUUUGGGAUGUUUCAUGUGGGAAAGAUGAGGGACUGAUUGGUGGGGCUACAAUUCUUCUUUUUAACAGCAAGAUGCAACUCAAAACAGGCAAGCAAAAGCUAAGGCUUUGGCUAGGAAAAGAGGCUGAUGGGUCAUUUCCAACGACUACUCCUGGAAAGGUCCCAAGACAUGAGCGGGGAGAGUUGGAGCGUUUAGAAAAGCUUGUGAAUAAAUAUGAGAGGGGACAAAUUCCAUGUGUAGAUUGGCUUGACCGUCUCACAUUCAGGGCUAUGGAUAAAAUCAAGGAUCGCGAUAGCUCUAGAAAUGGAAGUUCCCACUUAUACUUGGUCAUUGAUUUCUGUAGCUUUGAACAUCGAGUUGUUUUUCAGGAGUCAGGAGCAAAUUUCUUAUUGCCAUCUCCAAUAACUUCAUCAAAUGAACUUGUUAUCGUGUGGGACCCAGAACUAGGAAAGAUAAAUCCCUCUGAGCACAAGCAACUAAAGUUAGCAAGGAGUUUAACUCGUGGUAUCAUUGACAGGGAUCUGAAGCCAAGCUCCAAUGAACGAAAGUCAAUACAGAGAAUUCUAAAAUACCCACCAACAAGGACUUUGAAUGGAGAUGAGAGACAGCUUCUAUGGAAAUUCCGUUUCUCAUUGAUGUCUGAGAAGAGGGCCCUCACAAAAUUUCUUCGCUGUGUUGAAUGGAGUGAUGUUCAGGAAGCAAAACAGGCACUAGAUAUGAUGGGUAGGUGGGAAAUGAUAGAUGUCUGUGAUGCUCUGGAACUUCUAUCGCCUGUUUUUGAAAGUGAAGAGGUUCGUGCAUAUGCUGUCAGUGUUCUUGAAAGAGCUGAUGAUGAAGAGCUGCAGUGUUACUUACUUCAACUGGUUCAAGCUCUUCGGUUUGAGCGCUCUGAUAAAUCUCGCCUUUCCCAGUUCCUUGUCCAACGAUCAUUAAAUAACAUUGAGUUGGCUAGCUUUCUUCGUUGGUAUGUCGCAGUGGAGCUUUAUGAUGCAUAUGCCAAAAGCUUUCGUUCUACCUACGAGAUCCUGCAAGAGAAUAUGAUGAAGUUGCCAGGUGGUCCAAAUGGAGAAGAAGAUGGAUUCAAGUUAUGGCAGAGUUUGGUGCGUCAGACAGAAUUGACAGCCCAGUUGUGCUCUAUAAUGAGAGAUGUAAGAAAUGUGCGAGGUAAUACUCAGAAAAAGAUUGAAAAGCUUAGACAACUUCUUUCUGGUCUUCUCAGCGAGCUUACCUAUUUUGAGGAGCCAAUACGAUCUCCCCUCGCUCCUGGUGUCCUCAUCACUGGGAUUGUACCAUCAGAGUCAUCAAUAUUCAAGAGUGCACUGCAUCCAUUGCGUCUGACUUUCCGAACACAAAGUGGCGGAACUUGCAAAGUCAUAUUUAAGAAGGGUGAUGAUAUUCGGCAAGAUCAACUGGUUGUUCAAAUGGUAUCCCUAAUGGAUCGGCUACUUAAGUUGGAAAACCUUGAUCUGCAUUUGACUCCAUAUAAGGUGCUUGCUACUGGACAAGAUGAAGGCAUGCUCGAAUUUGUACCAUCACGAUCACUGGCUCAGAUUCUCUCUGAGCAUCGCAGCAUUACAAGCUAUUUGCAGAAGUUCCAUCCUGAUGACCACGGGCCAUUUGGGAUUACAGCUACCUGUCUUGAAACUUUUAUAAAAAGCUGUGCUGGCUAUUCCGUCAUCACUUACAUACUGGGCAUUGGAGACAGACACCUUGACAACCUUCUACUUAGGGAUGAUGGGCGUCUUUUCCAUGUUGAUUUUGGUUUUAUUCUUGGCCGAGAUCCUAAGCCAUUUCCACCACCAAUGAAGUUGUGCAAGGAAAUGGUUGAGGCAAUGGGUGGUGCAGAAAGCCAAUAUUAUACUAGGUUCAAAUCAUAUUGUUGUGAGGCGUACAACAUUCUUCGAAAAUCUAGUAACCUAAUUUUGAAUCUUUUCCAUCUGAUGGCUGGUUCGAAUAUUCCUGACAUAGCUACUGAUCCUGAAAAGAGCAUUCUGAAGCUUCAAGAGAAGUUUCGAUUGGAUUUGGAUGAUGAGGCUGCAAUACACUUUUUCCAGGAUCUCAUCAAUGAGAGUGUCAGUGCACUUUUCCCUCAAAUGGUUGAGACAAUUCAUCGUUGGGCUCAGUACUGGCGCUAACGUCAGAAAUAAAUUAGGUUUUACCCAAAACUUUGUAAAUAUAUAGGGAGUAUCUAGAACCAGAAUGCAGCUCUUCAACGUCUCCUUACUGACAUAAGUGACAAAGUAGAAAAAGACAACUCCUCGACAGUGAUGACUUGGGUAUCAUGUCAAUCUUUGUCUCUCAAUUCACUGCAUACAGUGCUAUAUUCUGAUGGGUGUUUGAAUUCCUUAAUUGUUUUAUUCGUCGGUGCGGUUUCCAACUCUACCAUUCUCACAGUGUGCUUGCUGAAAUUGACAAAAAUAGAAGGGCUUUAAUUGUUUAUAUCUGCUACUUGUUGGUCUGAUCUAAAGAAUUAUGUUAGCGACUUGAUACCUAGUGAUCUGAGGGAGGAAAUUCGUAUGAUAAAUGAUAGGAGAAAGCAGAUUUAUAUGCUUUAGGAACAUAUGUAUGUAUAUGUAUUGCUUAUCUGCUGCUUGUUUUUAUAUCAUUGCUCCUAAAAUCUGCACUUUCAAUCUCUGAGCCAGUUCCUGUUUUUCCCCUACCAAGAGGUUGUUUAUUGACCGACCUGAAGAGUGAAAUAGUAGGGAAUUCUUGCUUUGUGGCAGCAGAGGGAUCAGAUGUUUUAUAUUUCUACAUAAACAUAGUAUCUGUGAAGUAGUGUUGUUGUUUAUCAAACAUGUAACUUGUUAUCAUUUUUUCUUGUGUCACAAGCCUGGUUGUCAGUUUCAAGGAUGGAAGAUCCUUGACCAAAUGAAGUCUGUUCCAGAUGGAGGUGGAGACAAACAACUGUGUAUAUUGUUUUUUCUUCUUUUGGCCUAACAUAAAUUAAAUCAAAUUCUAGCAUAUUAUCAUCACCUUUCCUUGUACCAUCAUAUCAUUCUUUUAGGGACCAAUUAGAUAUCAUUCCUUUCUUCCUUUUUUUUUUUUUUUUUCCAAUUUUUCUUUUGUAUGUGAAGUUGAUAUAUGACUAAAUUAAGAUAUUUUUUUAUUAGUUACAAAGCAAUUCUAUAUUUCCAGAA